GAGUCCCUCAGCUCGUAGUGUACUUUUUGCCGCUUAUUUCCCCCUUUUACAGGACGGCUUUUCGUAGUUCUAUGAAGAGGAUUAAUAUGACAAAAGGCGAUAUUGUGAACAACUGUUGUCAGAGGUCAGGUCACUUCUGUCCAGCUUUACAUAUUUAGGUGUAUACUCCACGAAGUAACGUUACAGGAAAGAAGGAUCCGGCAUUGUUAUAAUAGUUUGCUUUCAAGAGUUGCUGACAUUGGAAAUGUGCAAGGCAUAUCAUAACUAAUGGUUGGUCUUGCAAGUUUGUCGACAUCGGUUGUUUUCAGUCGCUUUUGAGUAUUUCUGUUGUCAAGUGAAACGCGGCAGAUACUGGACGGGACUGGACAAUGGUGAAGACAGUCGUCGGACGAGGCACGAAGUCUUUCGGGAUUGCGUUCCACUCUUUUGCUUGAAGGACAAUAGAACACAAUCCACUUUCUUCGAAAUUGAUUUAACAAAUCAUACAUUUCGACUGUUUUUGUCCGGAGCAUCUCGGUUCUGGCUUGUCAUUCAUGCAGCAGACUCGUUGCCUUUUCGAACGAGAGGACCUGCCCUAAUCGUCGAUUGAGGAUAACCACGACGCAAACGAGUCACUGACAACCAAGAGUGAUAUUUCUCAUCAGUUUUUUAGUCACACGUUGACUGCUACAACGAUGCUAACUCAGAAAAAGAGAAAACGCACGGUGGAAGACUUUAAUCAGUUCUGCACCUUCGUGUUGGCAUAUGCUGGAUACAUCCCUUAUCCUUCAGAGGAAUGGUGGUGUAACAACAACGUUCCCAGGGACAGUGACACUUGUAGCCCCAUUCACAGUGAUGGCACUCUGCCUUCGAACAAGAAAGGGAGCGGCAAGGACAAAGCCAAGAAAAGGAAGCAGGACAAGAAGGGUGCCACUCAGAGCGAGGGCAAGGCCAAACGCAGGAGCGGAGAUGCCACCACUAAGAAAUCUCCCAAGGCCAAGAAGCCCAGCAAAAGCUCGUCGCCAUCACAGCCACCACAAUGGCCUGGUGGAAGUUUUUUUUCCAGCAGCAUUGACACGGUUGGAGCCUGCACAAGCACCGAAGACGUGCUGCCUUUGCCCAUGCCACUGCCUCCCAGUGGAGAGUCUUCACCAGCUCCCAGCUCUGUAACCUAUCCAGUAGCUGAGCUGAACCCCAGCCACACUCCACUGCAUGACGAGGAGCAGACCAAGAUGGAGACCAGCUGCAGCGACGACGUGAAAAGAGGAAGUGGCGCACAGGAAGUCAAGGAGGAGCCGGUGGAUCUGACCAGUGUAGUGAGCUCCGCGGAAAAAGUGACGAAAGCAGAGCCCGAGGCACAGCAGCCGUGCGACGGGAGCCGGGUGGAGGCGCCCAAAGAGGAAGAAAGCGACGGUUGGGAGGGCAGCGAGGCCGGCUCGGGGGGCGCGGACAUCCUACGGUUGGUCAUCGAGAGGCGACUGGGCAGCCGGCUACCGGAGGACCAGGAGACGGGGUACCACACGGACAGCACCCCCGACAGGAGUGCCAGCGACAACGAACAAGAUGCACGCACUGAAGAAGGAAACACUACUGCCAGUUCAGCUUGUGGCAUGGCGGGUCCUUCUACUGACAAGGUCAAAGGAGAAGAUGAGGACUCAUGGGACUUGAUCACGUGUUUUUGUAUGAAGCCCUUCGCCGGACGCCCCAUGAUCGAGUGCAACGAGUGUGGCACCUGGGUGCACCUCUCCUGCGCCAAGAUCCGCCGCACUCACGUGCCCGACAUCUUCGUGUGCCAGCCCUGCCGUGACUCCAAACAAAACAUCCGCCGAUCGAACCGGGCGCGCACUGUAAACCGAAAACGCUUCAGUGACUAAACACCUCCACGUUCAGUCAACACCUGCACCAAUGACUGGAUAGGUGGCGCUGUUGGUUUCUACAAACCUGACAAUCUCAAAACACUUUAUCACAUUUUUUAACGUAUGGACUUUGAUGAGAAGACAGGGUGGACAUUUUUACUGUUGAGCUUGUUGGACGAUCUCUCAUACUCAUGGAAAGGAAGACAAAUGAGAGAGACAGAGACAAAGACUGAACUGUCAGAUGUGGAACGGCCGAGUAAAAAUACUUGGGGGAAGGGAAGAGUGUUUCAUGUGAUGGAUCUGAUGAGGAAGUUUUAAGGGAGUUCGCACUUGUUGUUACUCACACACAACCUGUCUUGUGACCCUAAUACAACUCAUUCCGUCUGACCACUAUCACCCACACGGAGAACGUGUUCCCAAGGGCUACCCCCACCACCCUCCCAUCACCUUGAACUCAGACCUUUGAAACAUGUGACAGAGAAACUGUAUUAAAUAUCCAUAGAUUGUAACUUUUUUUGUUUGUUUAUAAAUGCAAUUUGGUUGAAAUGUUAAGGAUGGCACAAACGCCUUUUUUUCUGUUGACUUGUCCGCUUAACGUUGAGAGGAAUUUCCUGCUAUAAGAAUAUAAAGUAUAAGAUUCUUCAAACACUGUAAAUAUUGCUCUGUUUUCUAGAGUAUGAAUAUAUAUAUUGCUAUUUCAGUAAUAAAGGCAGAUAUCAAA